AUGAAGCAGCUCAUCGGGAAGCGGAAGACCUACGACUGCCCCACUUGUCGCCAGAAGUUGCCGAGCCACGAGGUUACGAAGAACUUCUGGAUCAUCCAGAACUUGCCAGCCCUGCUGCAACAGCGAAAGUCAGCUGCCUCAUCCUCGAAGCGGGGGCCGCCUCCGAAAGCCGAGGAGGAGGCCGUGGUGAGUCGGCGGGCGAAGAAGCCACGAAGCGAACGCCGAAAGACAGAGGCCGAGGCAGGCGUGCCCGUGGCUGCUGCUGUUGGUGCUGCCGCUGGCGCUGGUGCUGUCCACGUUGGCUGCCAGGAGGUGGUGGGGGAAAUCGACCGCAUGACUGUGCGAGGCGGCGCGCACGCUGUUUUCAGCCACAUUCUGCAGGGCAUCUUCAGAAGAAAAGGGCAGCAAAACCACGGGCGGCCUGUCUACGUGAAGGAGAACGACAGCCUCAACGGGGUCUUCGUCUACUACUGGGACACCCGGGAUGGUCAGGACUUGUCCGGCUGGUGGUUCGGCCCCGUGGUGGGUGGGGCCGUGUACUGGGCUUAUCACCCCAGCAGCUCGGCGCAGACUCCACCUCGCAGUGGCUGGAAG